UUGUCCGUCAAAAUCAUCCCUUAAUACACCCCAUUAUAUUGAAUAGAUAUUUAAUUUACUGUAGUUUUAAAUAAAUAAGUACUGAGAUCCGCGCCCGCUUCGUGUUGUGAUCACAAUAAUUGCGAUCGGGUUCGAUAUUCGUUUCGAGAUUUUAACGGAAGUCGGUUUGUUUUCAUGUUUUGUUUUCAGAACUUCAGAGGUUAGAGGAAUAUUUAUUCCUUUCCUGUAGUUUGGCACUAUGAAGUUCGGUGUUUAAUUCAAGAAGGAUACCCGACAGAUAGAAUAUUUCAAGCCAUUCGACAGUCACUUAAAGGAGACGCGAGUAGAACUGUUAUGAACUUAGGUGUUGAAGCAACACUAUCAGACAUUCUCGCUAGGUUGGACAGUGUAUAUGGACUUGUCGAUAGAGUUGAGGCUGUGCUUGCUGAUUUUUAUUCAGCACGACAGAAGCCUGAUGAAGAUGUCACAUCAUGGAGUUGCAGAUUAGAGGACAUAAUGUGUAAAGUGCGUCAAACUAAAGACAUUGACUCUAGUGAAAGGAAUUCAAUGCUACACAACAUGUUGUGGAUUGGACUCAACUCUUCAUUGAAAGACAUCACUGGAUAUCUGUUCAACAGCAUCCAAAGUUUCGAUGAACUUCGAACAGCUUUAAGGAGAGUGGAACAGGAACAUUUGGUUCGUAGUGAUAUUCAUAAGGAAGACAGAAAUUCUAUGGAAUCCAAUGAGAAACAGAAUUCACACAAGAAACAGAAAUUUGUGAAAAAGAAAGACACAAGUAACAAAGUGAGUUCUAUCACUAUGCAGGUUUCAUCGGAACCAAAUAUUGAUAAUUCUUCAGUGAACAGGCAGGAUCACGAACAAAUGAACACUGGAACUGUGUCGUCGACAUCCUAUGUACCAUAUGAUACUGCUGGUCAGAAAUAUUCUACAGCGAAUGAACCU